AUGCUGCCGUUAGAUUUUUUCUUGGAUUUCUUUACCGGGUCCUUUAAAAUUAAUACUUCCUCAUGGUACACAUAUUUAAUCGAAAACUUUAAUGAGUUUCCAUCUUAUCAAACUUCUGAGAAUUUUUCGAUUCCACAAUUUGAACUGGACGCGUUUGUAGACAUUAAUGACAAGGAAAAAGCACAAGAAUGGUUUCUGGAAUUCGAAUCUUAUUCAAAAUCAACGAUGCCACUAUCUAAAGGUUAUGGAGUAAAGGGAAAUCGGGUACUUUUUAGAGAAAAAUGCCAUUGCAUCCAUAGCAACGAGGUAAAGAAAAAGCAAGGUAGUCGUGAAACAAAACUUCCACAAUCAUCUCGAACACGAAUUACAGGUUGCAAUGCAAGAAUUCAUCUUCGAUUAGAGAGUUGGAGGCUUGAAACUAGCCAUCCGUUCGAAAUAAAUAUCCGAUUCACGCACAAUCAUGUGAUAAAUUCAGCGGAAUCACUUAGUUUUCAACGUGUUAGUAGUGAAGUGCGUGAAAAAUUUUUGGAACUAUUCAAGGACGAACAUUCUCCAGCCUUGGCGAAAUCUUCAUAUGAAGAUGGCCUCCAUCUAUCUGCAGAAAAUGAUCAAAACUAG